UCUCAACAGAAUGCUUCAUGCAUCUAAGUUUGAAUAAUCAAGUAGUCCACAGUCCACACCUAACCUUAAAAGUUUUUGCAAUGGCUGCUACAUGAAUCUUCGAAUUUUUCUGUCCCGUUUCAUUGAACUUCAUAAUUCCAACUAGUUCGUUAUAUAUAGAUUCGAUAGAUUAUAUUAUAUAUUUUAUUGUCUCGUUUUCUUUGGAUCAUCUCGAGUAACUAUAAAAUUCUUCAGCAAUGGCUCUCACUGAAAUUGUCUUCUUCUCCAUCUUUCUAAUGUUCACUCUUCAACCAUCGACAAGUGUUGAAAUUUGCCCUGUUUUGUGUGGGACUCAAUUGAUUAGCUUCCCUUUCCGCCUCAACACCCAGCCGGGUCGAUGCGGGUAUCCCCAGUUCGACCUCUCGUGUAAAAACGAAGCACAUGCCAUCCUCACGAUUCCGUUUUCUGGCGGCUUCACCGUCGUAAACAUCGACUAUAUCUUCCAAAACAUAUGGAUCGAAGACCCGGAUUCUUGUGCCCCAAGACGUAUUCUUCAAGGACUUAAUCUAUCCGGCACUCCUUUCGAUUUGCUAGAGCCUCGAAGCUACACGUUUUUCAAUUGCUCCUCUGCUUCAUCGACUGUACCAAAACUGGCUGAAGCAAAACUCAUCUCUUGUCUUAGCGGCAAGGAUUUUUCGGUCGUGGCUAUACCAACGGAACGGCUUGAUUUGCCUGCAUCAUUGUCGACAUCGUGUUCGGAGAUGGCAAAGGUUUUGCUUCCACUUUCGUUGUCUGAUUGGUCGGAUCCUGGAGAUGGUUUCAUAUUGACAUGGAAUGAACCUGAUUGCAAGUUGUGCGAAAGCAGGGCUGGGACUUGCAUGUUCAAGAAUGAUACGGGAACGGAUGUCGGAUGCUCCGGCGGGUUUAAUGAUGGUCUUACAAGGAGCACUAAAUUAGCCAUAGUGUUUGGUGUGGGAAUACCCUUCUCGUUCAUCCUCGGCCUUGUAAUUUACCUCCGUGGCAAGGUCCAGGAUCAUCAAAAUCUGAACCCGACUGCAUCUUCGGCCAUGGUCGUCAAAGGUCUUGAUGGGCAAAUCCUCGAAUCAUAUCCGAUAACAUUAUUAGGUGAAAGUCGACGAUUAACACGGCCGAGUGAUAACAUUUGCUCUAUUUGUCUUAACGAAUACCACGCUAAAGAGAUAUUACGAACUAUUCCAAAUUGCAACCAUUAUUUCCAUGCCGUUUGUAUUGAUGAGUGGUUGAAAUUAAAUGUUGUGUGUCCUUUAUGUCGUAGUUUCCCUAUGAAACUUAUUUCGAAUGUUACCUCAUCUAGGUCUUUAAUAUCAUCAUAAUAAUUAUUGAUUUUAAAAACAGUAACAUGUACUUCCAUUUUAAUUCUUUAAAGAAAAAGAGAUUUAUUAUUUUACAUGAAA